AUCUUUAAACACAGUGUGAAAAAUGUGUCUCAAGUGUUUUCUGCUGCUUUUGACAAUCGCUCUAGUGGCUGCCCACCAGGAGCCUGCUUUCAAUGGAACCUUUACGAGCAAUCGCAUUGUUGGUGGGUCGAAUGAAGUCAUCGAGAACGCACCCUGGCAGAUCUCCCUGCAAUAUCUUGGAAAGCACGUCUGCGGGGGCUCUAUCUACAGCAAAGAAAUCAUUGUUACUGCUGCACACUGUGUUGCAAAUAGGCUCCCUAAGGAUCUAAGAGUCCGAGUUGGCUCUACGUACCAUAACUCGGGUGGUACCUUGGUCGGGGUAACCAGAACUCUCAGCCAUGAAUACUUUAACAGACCAUCGUAUGCAAAUGAUAUAGCCGUAAUACGCCUGAGUCAGCCCCUCACAUUUGGAAAAAGCGUAAAGCCUAUAGCCCUGGCCCAGACAACACCUAGCAGAAAAACUUUCGCAACAGUAACCGGUUGGGGAUUCAGUAAAAAACUGGCUGCGCCACCAACGCAAUUGCAAAGCGUACGACUUCGAAUUAUGAGCCACAAACUAUGCUGGAAAAUCAACUUUGGGUUAAUAACUAACGAUAUGGUCUGCGCCUUUGAUUGGAAGAAAGGCGCUUGCAAUGGCGACUCUGGUGGUCCGCUCGUUGUCAAUAGAGAACUUGUGGGCGUUGUUUCUUUUGGAAAGUUUAUGUGCUUUGGUCCCACUGUUUUUGCCAAUGUGGCUGUGCAACGCGACUGGAUUUUAGAGGCGAUCAGAUUGAUUUCGAAACAAGAUUCAACCGUGAGACCAUCAACAAGACCAACCACAACAGAGUCUUCUACAACAACUACUACAAAAGUGUCUUCAACUACUUCGAAGUCAAAGCCUUCAGCUUUAACUACUACUAUGAAAAAACCAUUAACUACAAUAAUACCUGUUACUACUGCUGCAGAAGAUAUUACAGAAUUAACGACUAUUCUGACAACAUUAACAGACUCAACAACAGUUACUUCUCCAACCACUCUCUCCGACUCUUCAGAUAAUAAAGAUUAGCACUAUUGGGAAUCAAAAUCUAAUGCACAUGUAUCUUCACCAAAUUGAGUAAUAAUUUGAUUUAUAAAUAUGUACAAAAUGAUAAAACUAAAAUAAACUA